CGAGGCCCUCACAAGUCACAAUUGCAGUAAGAAGCUUCCUCUCCACUCCUCCCGUGUGCGACUCCGUGUCCUCCACGCCGGCGACGGAAUUAGCACGGCGGAGACGACGGUGUCAACGAUUUACACUUUGGAAAUCUCUCUCUCCCUCUCUCUCUCUCUCUGUAGGGCACGACGGUGUCUUCUUUCUGGAGUCCGAAAAAGGUACAUGCCAUGGCAUCUUCAUCAUCACCCUAUGGAGACAUUCAGCUUAAUAUGCGCACAUUUCCAAGCGACAAAGAUUCAAGGAGACCUCACGUAUUACUUGCCGCAAGUGGAAGUGUUGCCGCAGUGAAGUUUGAACAUCUCUGUUACACCUUCUCGGAAUGGACAGAUGUAGCAGCUGUUGUCUCGAAGACUGCGUUACCGUUCAUUGGCAAACCCCAUUUCCCAGAUGACGUUUUUGUUUAUACAGAUGACGACGAGUGGUUCUUCUGGAAGAAACUCGGGGAUCCUGUCCUCCACAUUGACUUGCAGAAAUGGGCUGAUAUCAUGGUUAUCGCCCCUUUAUCAGCAAACACACUUGCCAAGAUUACCGGAGGAUUUUGCGAUAACCUGCUGACUUCAAUUGUGAGAGCAUGGGACUAUGAGAAGCCAAUCUUUGUAGCUCCAGCCAUGAACCCUUCGAUGUGGAGUAACUCUUUCACAGAAAAACACAAAGCUUCUCUGGAGGAAAUGGGUAUCAACCUCAUUCUGCCCAUGUCUUCUGGGAGUUCAAGCACAGGUUCUAUGGCCGACAUUUCUCACAUCUACAACACCAUCAGACUCUGCUGGGAUAAGAAGCUUUACCAAUGCGUGGUCAUUGUGGGGGCAAAAGGUGACCAAGUAAUUAGCAUGGGAACACGUGGCGAUGCUCGUGGGAUCAUCGUAGGCGUAGGAGUAAGCCUUUGGACAAGCUGCCUUGAAGAUCUUGGAGUAAGGAGUGGGCUUGCAUGACUGUGGGUUACCGAAAGAGCCGGUG